GUCUGAUACAAUCAGUCAGUCAAGUUUGAUCAGUCAAGGAAAGAUGCUGUCAAAUUGACACCAAGGGAUAAAAAUGACGCCAAUACUAUCAAAUGUAACUUUAUAUAAGAGGCCUAAGUCAUAUGCCUUUUUCGCAAUGCUGUGUGUUUGGAUACUUGUAGUGAAGAAUUUAAAUGGUCAACAACUUUAUUCAAGUUCAGCUUCACGAAAUGCAGCAGAUGUUACUCUCUGUCCUUUCAUGUUGAUUACACCGAGCAUAGUGGACACGGAUUUUGGGACAACAGCUGUGUUUACGGCAACUGUGGAAGCGAAAUUGGAUCCUCCACUGGACUUGAUAUGGCAAUUCAUUAGUACUAGGAAUAUUGCUAUUCAAGAUAUCAAUGAACAUGACGCAAAAUAUAGCUCUACUGAAUCCUUACCUUCUCUGGAAUUUAUUAUUAAUGACGCAGACUUCGAUGACGUCGGAGAAUAUCAGCUGCAAGUCAGGAUUUCCGGAGGCUGGUGUACAAGUAGAAAAGUUGAGUUAAGGAACGUCUGGGGAGUUUUACAGUACAACGAAAGAUGUAAUCUCAGUCGGGAAUGUGAUGAAAGAAGAAAAAAUUUACAGUGCUCAAACAGCAAAUGCCUGUGUCAGUCUUCCUAUUAUCACCAGAAUCAGCUGUGUUUUCUUAGUACGCACACGUUCUUCCAUAAUACGUUCUUCAGUCACUAUUGAGCAAAUCAUUGUAUACAUGUCACAGGAUUGCACACAUUUGAUUGAUUAAAGUAAUUCCCCAUACCACAUCUUGAUAUUGAAAAACCUACAGAUUUCUAUCAAAGUUUGCAUGUAUUUUGUCGAGGAUGUUUAUUGACCAAAUUCCCGAAGAAAAAUAUGUUUAGCGGCCUUUCCCAGAGUACAGCCACUUCUAAAAAUAGAAUACAUCACUUUAAAACAAGCAGUG